AUGGCAAGCUAUCGCUUCCUCGUCCAGAAGCUAUGCGAAUUCUUCGUGGGCCGCGAGUUCCUCCAUGUCUCGUGCGCAGAAAAUGAGGCGGCCGACACGCUCGCCAAGAUCGCCUCGUCCCGGCAGUCCAUCCCACCCGGCGUCUCCCUCGAGCACCUACACAAGCCGUCCGUCAAGCCGUCUCCGAACUCCGAGUCCAUCUACAUCCCGGACAACCCGGCUGGCAUAUUUCCUUCACUGGCCGCAUCUCAACCCGGCCCGGGGACUACCAAACCCGGCCCGGGGACUGCCGAGCCCGACCAAGGGACUGCCGAACCCAGCCCGGGGACUGAAGCUGUCGACCCGGCCGCCGUCAUCCUCGACCCGGCCGCCGCCAUCCCCAACCCGGGGGCUGCCGCUCCGGAACCCGCCUUGGUGGCCGUCUUCGCUGUGGUAACGGCCGCAUCUUGGGCCCUGCCCAUCUCGGAGUUUCUGGAGAACGGGGUACUCCCCAUGGACGAGACCGAGGCCCGAGAGGUGCAACGCCGGGCGUCUGCCUACAGCAUCAUCAACAACAAGCUCGUCAGGCGCGGCUCCACCGGCGUGUUCCAGCGCUGUGUCGAACAGGACCAGGGCGUUGAGAUCCUCCUCGACAUACACCAGGACACCGAGUUACUCGUCCUCAAGUGCGAGGGAUGCCAGCGCUUCAGCAAGCGCAACCACCAGCCGGCCUCAGCACUCCGAACCAUCCCGAUCGCCUGGCCCUUCGCGGUCUGGGGACUCGACAUGGUGGGGCCGUUCAAGACCGCUCGAGGUGGCAUGACACAUUUGCUGGUGGCGGUGGACAAGUUCACCAAAUAG